AUUAACCAAGAGACUGAUCUGAAUGAGCUAGUAGAGAAGGAGCCUUGGCUCUCAUCCGAGAAGCUGGUGGUGAAACCUGACAUGUUGUUUGGAAAGCGUGGCAAAAGUGGUUUGGUUGCCUUGAACUUAGAUUUCGCCGACGUUGCAACUUUCGUGAAAGAGCGCUUGGGAAAAGAGGUAGAGAUGAGUGGAUGCAAAGGACCCAUUACAACGUUCAUUGUUGAACCGUUUGUCCCACACAAUGAGGAGUUCUAUCUUAAUAUCGUCUCGGAUAGGCUUGGCUGCAGCAUAAGCUUUUCAGAGUGCGGAGGAAUCGACAUUGAGGAAAACUGGGACAAGGUCAAGACCAUAUCUGUACCGACGGGUUCCUCCCUGACACCUGACAUAUGUGCACCUCUUGUUGCAACCCUUCCUCUAGAGAUCAAAGGGGAGCUUGAAGAUUUCAUUCAUGUUAUCUUUACCCUAUUCGAAGAUCUUGAUUUCACUUUCUUGGAGAUGAAUCCUUUCGCAUUGGUUGAUGGAAAGCCUUAUCCUCUGGAUAUGAGGGGUGAGCUUGAUGACACCGCUGCUUUCAAAAACUUUAAGAAGUGGGGCGACAUUGAAUUCCCUAUGCCAUUUGGAAGAGUGAUGAGCCCCACAGAGAGCUUCAUCCACGGUCUAGAUGAGAAGACAAGUGCCUCUUUGAAGUUCACCGUUCUCAAUCCCAAGGGAAGGAUUUGGACUAUGGUUGCUGGAGGAGGUGCAAGUGUCAUCUACGCUGAUACCGUUGGAGAUCUCGGAUAUGCAUCUGAGCUUGGAAACUACGCUGAAUACAGUGGAGCUCCCAAAGAAGACGAGGUUUUACAGUACGCUAGAGUCGUCAUCGAUUGUGCUACAGCGAAUCCGGAUGGAAAAACCAGAGCUCUGGUGAUAGGAGGUGGAAUUGCUAACUUCACCGAUGUUGCUGCUACCUUCAAUGGCAUAAUCCGAGCUCUCAAGGAAAAGGAAGCAAAGCUGAAAGCAGCAAGGAUGAAUAUAUUUGUGAGGAGAGGAGGACCAAACUACCAAAAGGGACUUGCUAAAAUGAGAUCACUUGGAGAUGAAAUCGGUGUCCCCAUCGAGGUGUAUGGUCCUGAAGCAACAAUGACAGGUAUCUGCAAGGAGGCAAUCGACUACAUCACAGCGGCUGCAUAA